CACGUAGACACAUUGAGGAAGCAUGACUUAAAUGCAUGCUGUAACGGACAAGACGCGCUGGACACAGCGGUAUUUUCGGAACCUUUACAACUGUUUGAGUGAUUGACAUUCUUUCGGAAGAUGUUUUACUCGACACAGAUUCUGGCCAAGAAGGGGCCUUUGGGAACCAUUUGGAUUGCUUCCCAUCUUGACCGGAGAUUGAAGCGCAAUCAAGUCUUCGAUACAAACAUCGCGGUGACAGUAGACUCCAUCAUCAAUCCUGAGGCCCCUUUAGCACUGCGCCUGUCGGGACAGCUACUUCUUGGUGUGGUCAAAGUGCACCAGAAGAAGGUUGGCUACCUUUUCCAGGACUGCAAUGAUGCUCUCGUCAAGAUCAAACUGGCAUUCAAGCCUGGUGAUGUAGACUUGCCGAAUGAUGGCAUUGUGGCGCCUCACAACGCCAUCACGCUGCCAGACAACUACAAUGACAUUGAGUUUCUGGGAGAUUCCUUCAACGAUGAGUCAUACUCUAUCGAUUCGGAUCGUUCCUCAUCAUUUACGCUGGGCAAGCGUGAAUCUUUUCUCCUUGCGGACGAUAUCUCCAUGCUGUUGGGUUCACAGACAUCCCUAGAUGGAGAGGAACGCUUCGAGGUGUCUGGAGAUGAGAUGGAGCGCCACAUGUCCCUCUCCCUGGACGAGCCAGAGUUGUUGCGGAGAGAGAUGCCUGCCGCGGAUGCAGCGGGCUUUGCCGGGGACGAGACCCCUGGCAGCUAUGAUGCGAAUGCUGACGAGCGCAUGGAGCCACCCCCUGACGGCAUGUUUGACAACAUGGCAACCAUGCCGGACUUUGAUGCAGCCCCGCCUUCCAGAGAGGACUUCAACGACCAGCCUCCUACUCCUGAACACAUGAACGAUGGUCUGGCAGAGCUGGACAUGCUACCAGUGCCCGAGGAUGACUUCAUCCCUGACCUGGGAGGUGCUGCGGAGACCCCGGUCCCUGCGCCACAGCGGGCGGCUGGCGGCGGCCAGAGGGAGAAGAAGCGUAGGGCGCAGCUGGACAUCAACGCCUCUGCACAGCCGGCUACCCAGCUGGACGGGCCGGCCAUUCGCGCGCUGCUGGUCAACCGCGCUCCGCUGCUGCGGCCGCGGCGCGCCCUGGCGGAGCAGCCUCUUCCCGUCGCUCACGACACCUUCCAUGUGGUAGGCUCCACAGCUCAGUACAAUGAGGAGGGUGCGGAGAAUGCCCUGCUGCGGCCAGCGCUGUCCAUGGCCAUGGCUCGCCCGCUGUACGAGGUAUACUCGCGCCGUUUUGCCACCGGCGCGACCGAGGCCGGCGUUGGCCGUGCGCGGCGGCGGAGGCGCGCUGGCGUGCAGAAAGAUGUAGAGGAAGCUGCCCCGGCCCAGGAAGCUGCCGCGGCGGAAGAAGCUGCCGACGCGCCGCCUCAGAGCCCAAUGGGAGAUGCAGCGCCUGCUGACUUUCAUCAACCGCCAAUGGAUGUCAUGCCGGAGCAUGAUGACGCUCUGCAGCAGGCCACCUCUCCAUCCCGCGCUUCUCGCAGGUUGACCAUGGAUGGGGACCAGGGCUUCGGCAACUCUCCCAGCACAAUUGGGAAGGCCAGCUUGGACAGCCUGGACACCCUUGGCGACUUGGAAGGGGGCGAGGAUGAGCCCGAUAUCGACAAGACGUCCUUCACCGCCCGCACCCAGCAUGUAGCUGCUCGCCUCAAGGCGGAGCUGUCGGGAGCGGCAGGGAAGAAGAAGAGGCGGCUGGCGAGCGGCGCGGCGGCGGCCACCGGUGGGCAGGUCAUGCUGGAUGAUCUGGUGGACGGGCACAGCCGCCUGGACGCCUGCCGCUGGUUCUUUGAGCUGCUCGUGCUCAAAACUCGCAACUAUGUUGACAUGGAGCAGCCCGCGCCCUACGGCAACAUCAGCAUUACGGCCCGCCCCAAACUGCUCGCCUCCUGAUGAGGCUCCUUUCAAGGCUGCCCUGUUGGCUGGUACAUGCCUGUAGGCGCCAAGUCUGUGCAACCCUGGGGGCUUCGCGAGUAAGGUCAGCUGCAAGUGGCGCUGCCAAUGCACAGCUUGGUGCCUGACUCAAGAGCUGCCCUGCUGCAGAAGCAUCUGGAUGUGUAUAUAAAUGGGCGAUGUCCUGCUACUCCACGACUGUCAGCACAGCGUGCAUGGCCUGCUCAUUACCAUUCAAAGCAACUCGAUGAUCCAAUUAAGCUUGUGGCUUCUGUUGCUGAGUUGCAAGGCAAUAAAUGAAUUUCGCUUGUGACCUAAUAUUUAAAACAGACGCCCUUCAUUGGCUGCCUGAGUUGCCGUUGCAUAAUUGUACAGAACUCUGCAAGCUGCCCUGUUGUGAGGUUGACUUGGAGCUCUCAGAGGCUUCAAAUUGCUGACAUUGUGAAAUUUGUUGUUGACUAAGUCACUCGGUGUCCGUGUACUGCUCAUGAGCUUAAUCGGAUACUAAUAGUAUUCC